GGGACACCGUCCCGAGAAAUUCACGUGCCGGGACUCUAAUAUGAUUGGUUGACAUGCACACAAUGUGAAAAUGUAAACUUCCGGCCUCGGACAUGCGCACUGCAUUACCGGAGAACAACAUGUUGUCGAAAUUAAACAUAUGAACAAGAUCGACUGAAAAUGACAAACUACACGACUAAAUGACGACUGACCAGAAUCCUUUACUAGUCUGUGUAUGUGGAAACAAGAUACAGUCAAGGGAAGUUCGUCUCUUCAGUGACAGUGCACUGUCAGACAAUAUCGGACGAAGGGGAGAUAAUCCUGCAUCAGUGUCACCUUUUGGUUUAGUCGAGCCGGAAUUAGAUGAACUUUGCUCAAACAUUAAACAGAAAUUAACACCACAGAAUAAAGAAUUAGCUGAUAUAACACAGUACUAUUUUGAUGGCAAGGGCAAGGCAUUCCGUCCUAUGCUAGUGAUGCUCAUGGCUAAAGCUAUCAAUGUUCAUAUGAAGAAAUCAGCAAGUUUACUAGAGAGCCAGAAAGAGGUAUCAAUGAUAGCUGAGAUGAUUCAUACAGCAAGUUUAAUCCAUGAUGACGUCAUUGAUGCAUCGGACACCCGGAGGGGAAAGCCUACUGUAGAUACUUUAUGGGGGCAAAGGAAGGCAAUCUUAGCUGGUGACUACAUUCUAUCAGUGGCUUCCGUAGCUAUUGCCAAGAUCAGAAAUGAAGAGGUUGUUUAUAUUUUAGCUCGGGUUAUAGAAGACUUGGUUCGAGGAGAAUUUAUGCAGUUAGGGUCUAAAGAAGAUGAAAAUGCCCGUUUCAACCACUAUCUCAAAAAAACCUUCAAGAAAACUGCUAGCCUUAUAGCAAAUACUUGCAAAGCUGUGGCUGUCCUAGCUGAAUGUCCAGAUGAUGUUGUAGAAAUAGCAUUUCAAUAUGGCAGGAAUAUAGGAGUAGCAUUUCAGUUGAUAGAUGACCUGUUAGAUUUUACCUCCUGUGACCAUGUGAUGGGGAAGCCCACUGCUGCAGAUCUCCGCCUUGGGCUGGCCACUGCUCCUGUUCUGUUUGCCACCAAUCACCAUCCAGAGCUCAACUCUAUGAUAAUGAGGAGAUUUUCUAUGGAAGGAGAUGUAGAAAGGGCAAGGAAAAUGGUUGCUAAUAGUAAUGGGGUGGAACAGACUCGGGUACUAGCAGAGGAGCACAGUAAGGAGGCAAUGUACCAGCUUUCCCAUCUAGCUCCCUCCGUAUUCAGGGAAUCCCUUGGCAAUGUAGCUAAUGCCGUACUCACACGUACCAAAUGAUGUGUGUGAACCAUAGGAUGAAUGUAACAAAUGUAUUUUUUUAUACCAAGAUGUGAAUGGUUGAGUUGGUGCUAGUUAAAUUCUGUUUCAGCCAAAAUCUUUAUAGUAUCUUUUAUUAUUAAUUUCUAUUAUGGCCCUUUCCCGAGGGAAAGUGUCCAAGAGCUCUUAUAAAUUUUUAUAGCUGAUAUUAAUUUACCAGGUAAGGAUUCCUGAAAACAAGUUUAGUGAAUAUGUCAGAAGUUCUGUUUACUUAUCCUGAUUUCCAUUGCUGUUGUUAUCAUAAGAUGGUUUUACCCUUAGAGAAGUUAGAUGAACAUAUAACAGUUUAGUCAGAGUUUUUUUUUUUUUAAAAGUCACGCUUUUCUAAACUAUAAUAAGCAUAUAAGGAUUUGGCUGUUACAUGAUAAUACUGCCUAUAUGUGUGAGAGUGUUACGCAAUGAAUUUGAAGGAGUUACUUCCAUACUACAUUUGACUACCAGGUAUUUAUGAAGAUGUAUUCAGUAGUGGUUUACAGAGCAAAUUUUAAGAAAAUCUGAUUUGAUGAAAAUAUGCUACUGUUAUACAUGUAUAAAGUCCUUAUGAAUUGAAUUUGUAAUUCAUGCAUUACUAAAUCAUAUAACAAUGGUAGGAAAAAAACACUUAGAUUUUUAUUAUAACAAUGUAUAUGUUCUUAUUUUUGCAAAUUGUUCUUUCAAAAAUUUAUUUGAAAGGAUUUGAAUUUGCAAAAAGAACCAUGACAGCUAUCUCUUACUUGUUAAAUUGUGCCUGAGUAAAGUUUGCUCUGAAAUGUGGUUUGUUUUAGAUUAAGUACAUUGAAUUGAAUUGAAGAACAAUCCAUGUUAUUCAGAAAAAGGUAUGAAAUUAUUUGAUAAAAUGGAAAUAUGAUCUCAAUAACUGAAAUGAUGUUACUCCGUGAUGACAUCUAAAGUCUUAACACAUUGAAAAAACCUGGUAGAGGUAGAUCCUCUCAUUGGGCUUCAUUGAGGUUGGCAAUGUUUACUGUAAACAUUUGUGCAAAGUUCACAAUUAUUGUGAAAAUGUAUCUCAUGAAAUUUUGAAUGCAAGAACAGUGGUAAUUUGAAUACCAGGGCCCAGUUUUUCAAAAGGUGAUUAGCGUAAUCACUGUUUAACGACAUUUUUUCAACCACUAGUAAUUUUGGUCACCAUAUAAGGUAAAAGCUUAUAAUUUUGCAUGCAGCUUACCCUCUAAAGUAUUUGCUAACUCAAAAAUUUAAACUCGGUUAAUAGCUGUGUUUUAAAGAUACACAAAAAAAUAAACUUGCACUAAUCACUGUUUGAACAACUGGGCCCAGGUAAGCAGAAUACAUCUUAGUACUGUAACUAGGCAAAUGUAGUGGUGGUGGUGGUGAGUUAGGGUACACCAAUAUUACAAGCAAGAUUUCAGAUACCAUUGGUAGGAAACAUUUUACUAAAGUAACUCCUACAGUUUGCUCACAUGAGAAAUUUUUAAUUUAUCUUCUUUUUCUUUUUUAAAUAUUCUAUAUUUUGCAUGACACUUUGUACAACACAGCUAGACAGUAAAAUUAUUAUUCAGGAGUUAUUUAGAAGAAAUAUCAAGUAAUUUUGAUUCGUAAAACAGCUGUGUUUGAUGUCAAAUCCUUUUCCUAGUCAAAGUUAUAAAGAAAAAGAUCGGUCUUUGAUUGUAAAAAGAAUAUUCAAAAAGUUGAUGAAAUAGGUACACGGUUGUAAUUUUAAUUUUCGACCAGUAAAAAUAUUGUAAUGCCAUAUGAUGAUGGUUAACUAAUAUAUUUAAGAGAGUUUAGAGAUGCUUACAAGGAAAUGCGGUAGCACUCUCAUCCUAAAACUUUCUGUAAGGGGCCAGAUGUCUCCCCACAUCACUUGCAUAAUUUUGUAUAAAAAGUUCAUUGUUGUCAUGUGUGGUAUGUUAAUGUUGAUUUAUUUUCUUAAAUGCAAUAGGUGUGUUUUAUAAACAGAAGAACUUAGGUGUGUGUGUCAAAUGAAUACUAAUAAUUUGUGGGAUCUAUGAAUAUGAAAACCUGCUAGGUCACUUUUUGAAUUCUCCUGCAUGCUAUCCAUGUCUGAAUGGUCAGCAAUAUUUCAUCCCUGCAACUUUUACCUCAUACUUUCUGUAUAUAGUGCUUAUAUUUUGAGGGUGAAAACUAAUGGGCAGCACUUUGAUACGGGAGGGUAAUGAAAUAGUCUCUCAGAGUAGUGGAAGUCUGUUCAUCUACAGAAGAAUUCAUCAAUAUUGAAUAUUUAUGAAUGAAUAACAUAAGUCUGUGUGUAAUUCAAAUGAAAUGAUAGAUAUGACUUAAAUGUGUUUCAAAGAACAAAUGCAUGGGAAAAAUUUUAGAAAAAUAAGGCUGGUGUAUAAAUUACUAUGAAUAGAAUAAUUGCCACAAUAGGCAUCCUCCCUGUUUCUAAGAAAAAAAGAAACCUUUAUAUUAAAGGUGUCUGAACUAUAUUACGGUUAGUUUAAAUUGUCUUGCUUAGGUAAGCACAUUUCAAUAUUAUAGCCUCUAUAUGGCUAUUAUCAGAUAUGAAAUAUUCUGUUAAACAGAAAAGAUGUCUGAUGAAGUAUUUCUAAGGAAAAGAAGCAGAAAAAAUGGAUACUUAAUGAAAGAUUCGGUUUUCUAGUUGAAACCAGCUCUCUUUUAAGUAUCUGUAAUCAAACAAUAACAUUAAAAAAACAGGGUGCUUAAUAUGGCAAAUACAGUAAUUGUUUGAUAGUUUUGUUAUGUGUGAAAUGUUUGCUGUGGAUGGAUCAAUAUGUUAGGUGAAUGGUAAUCCUGUAUGUAUAUCUAAUGGCAGCAAACUGAUAUACAAUGAUAAAGGACUUAUGCUACAUGUGAAAAAUGAAACCCUACUUGUGAUUUUUUUUAUGAAAUUGUUGAUAAUUUUUAGAAGAAUUACACUUAAACACGUUUAUAACAGUAAGUGUCCAGUUCCGCUGAAUCAGUCAUUCGUAAAAUAUUACUUAUAAUAAAUUUUUUUUUAUAUAAGUGAAAUUAAAAUCAGGGAUUCAGAAAUUUGUCUUAUAUAUGCAUGUUUGUCGUAAAGGUGUUUUACUGUGUGUUGCUCUAUACCCAUCUCUGACAGGUAGUAUUAUGGAAUUGUUCUUUGUCAAUCCAUCUGUUCAUUGAGCAAUCUGUUGUUCACACAACACCUAUCCUUAAUAUGAUGCAAUAUCAGUGGAACUUUAUCAGCAGAUAUAUGGAGGAUAGAGGCUACUUUUGAUCUGGAACACAAAGGCUGAAUGAGCAGACCUCAUGCACAUCUGCAAAUGUAAUUAGCAUAUUGAAAUUGUACUGGAUUUCAGUUAAACUUGACCAGCUGAUAUCUUUUUGGAAACCGGGCCAUGAAUGGUGAUGAGCAGAAUUCAUGCCAAUUCUCAAAGAUAUUUCUUCAGGGCAUAUUCAUGUACUAUUCAGAGUCAGGACCCCAAAUUUGGUGCAAGGCGACAUCUUCAGUACUACAUGUAGGAGUGCUCAGCAUACCACAUUUAUAAGUAGAUCACUGACCUUCUUAUUUUUAUUUUUUCAAAUUUUAUGUGGGUACUACAAAUAUGGUGGGACACCUUGGAAAGGGUGAGUGCAGUAUGCAUACUAUAAUUAGGUCACUGUAACCUACGUUUAUGCCUGCCAUCAGGGGUCACAAUAAGGUUUAGCAACUUCAUACAGCCCACCAUAAACAUUUUUGUCUUGCCGCCACGAAGUGAAAGCGAGACAUAGGUGUUGCUUUUCCAGCGAUGGCGGCGUCAACAUGAAGUUUUUGCGUUGAAGUUACUUUCUCUGAAAGUAUAGGUGCUAAACCAAACAAACUUGGACCCUAGAUGCAUCUUAGGUAAUACAUCUCAACCCAUGCAUCAAAUGCUGUAUGCGGCCAACCUUUCAUGGUCCAUUGACUU